CACCCCGCACUAUCCCUCGUGACAUAACAGUCCACUAUAACGCGACUAAAUUAAUUUUAAAACCUGCUCCGCCCGGCAGUGGCAUUAAGGCUAGUGAAAUGCUCGCUACGUUAUGUAAAUAUUUAGAAAUCAAGGAUGUCAGCAUCAAAAUAAUCGGUUCACGUAAUAAAUUAAAUGUUAUGCGAGCGGCAUUUUUAGCCUUUGAUGAACUUACAGGAAAAAAAUAUGACGGUCAUGUUCGUUCGGGUUUUGAAGGCGGACAAACUGAAGUAGCACGGCGUUUUCCCAAGCGGGGCGGCGGAUUCAGACCCGAUCGAAUUGUUUAUCAAGUAAUUAAUUUAGCCCAAUUAGAGGCAGAUGAGAAAAUAACCAACGGCCAGACGGUCGACUUCACGCAAGAAAAAUCUCCU